UAAAUUGGCAACACUGCUUGUACCACCAAAAUCCAACAAUUUCAGAUGUAAAACGCAUUAAAUUGGCCAUCCGUAGCCCGUGUAAAUAAAUUGAGCUCCUAGUGUGGUGCCUAGAAAAGGAAAAAGAAGCAGUUGCUGCAGAAAUAACUGAAAUGACAAGGAGGUAGUGAACCUGCUACCUGACCGAGCAUUGCCUGGUGGGGGUGUCGUCCGUAACUUCUCUCCUCUCUCUGCCGUCCGUCUCUCUCUCUCGCACGCGUUGUGUUGGAAGGAGGGGGAUGGUUAAUGUUACGAACGUAUCGAAGUGAAUCACAUUUUGAGGAAUAAUCGCAAAUCAUGUACCAAAGCGCCUGCAAUGCGGCCACAACGGGCUCUUGUGUCCCAGGAGCUGGCAAUCAGCCCGAUAACGAAAGGCAGUCGGCAUUGAUUGCCCAGCAACCACCCACCGCCCCAGUGGAGCCCGAUUACAGUGGAUUCGAUAUCGUUAAGGCCACCCAGUACGGUGCCAUAGCCAGGGUCCGGGAGCUCGUCGAGUCUGGCUGGGAUGUGAACCAGCCGGAUAGCGAGACGGUCACGCUCCUCCACUGGGCGGCGAUCAACAAUCGAAGGGACAUCAUCAGGUACUUCCUGGAGAAGGGCGCCACCGUAGAUGCCGUUGGAGGUGAGCUGAAUGCCACGCCCCUGCACUGGGCCACCAGGCAGGGUCAUCUGGGUGCCGUAGUCCUGCUGAUGGCCGCCGGUGCUGAUCCACGCAUACGGGAUGCGGAGGGCUGCUCCUGCAUACACAUUGCAGCUCAGUUCGCCCACACCGCCCUGGUUGCCUACUUCAUAGCCAAGGGCGUGGAUCCAGAUCUGCAGGAUCGCGGUGGAAUGACGGCGCUCAUGUGGGCCGCAUGGAAGGUGUGCGCCCUGGACCCCGUGCGAUUGCUGCUCACCCUCGGAGCGAAUCCCGCCAUGGUUGACUACACGCAUGGCAACACGGCCCUGCAUUGGGCCAUCCUGGCACGCAAUGCCACAGCCAUUUCCACACUGGUGCUCAAGUCGAAGGCCUCGCUGGAUGUGCCCAACAUGCGUGGAGAGACGCCGCUGACGAUGCUCGAGUCUCAAACUGGAGCCAUCUGGAUUGGGGCAAAGGUAAUGGAUCGCGUGCGAGAGGCGGCACUCACCUCACAGCAGCGACGCUCGCUGGUGUCCAAGCUGCGGCACGACAAACGCUUGCGAUGGUGGUCAAUGGUGGCCUGCCCCUUCACCGCCUUCUAUCUGGCAGGGAUCGUGUUCACCCUGAACACGCUGUAUAUCAUUAAGUUUUUCCUGCUCGGCUGCUUGUACGGCAUAUUCCACACCAUUGGUAAGACCCUCUUCGACGAGCACCUGAUGGCUCUGCUCCCGCUGAGCGUUUAUCUGGCCACCAAAGCGUGGUUCUAUGUCACCUGGCUGAUGUAUAUCGACGAUGCUGUCACCCUAACGGCCACUGUGUGCUUCCUCCUCUGCUCCCUGGUAUUGUGGGUGUGCUUCCUCAAGUCGUGGAAGGGAGAUCCCGGCAUCAUUCGACCCACCAGGGAACAGCGAUUCAAGACCAUCAUUGAGCUAUCGGAACGGGGUGGCAUAGGGUUUGAGCCCGCCUCCUUUUGCUCUGGCUGUCUGGUGAGGCGACCCAUUCGCUCCAAGCACUGUUCGGUAUGCGAUCGUUGUGUGGCACGAUUUGAUCAUCAUUGCCCCUGGGUGGGCAACUGUAUUGGGCUAAAGAAUCACAGCUACUUCAUGGGUUUCCUCUGGAUGCUGCUGAUCAUGUGCGUCUGGAUGCUGUACGGCGGCUCCAAGUACUAUGUGAAUCACUGCAAUGUACACUUUGAUGACUUCCUUGGGGCCAUGCGUUCGAUUGGCAACUGCAACGCCUGGGUGGGCUGGGUAAUGGGAAAUGCCCUGCUGCACAUGUCCUGGGUAAUUCUGUUGACCAUUUGCCAGACAUAUCAGGUGAUUUGCUUGGGCAUGACUACCAAUGAGCGCAUGAACCGUGGACGCUAUCGUCACUUCCAGGCCAAGGGCGGACACAGUCCGUUCACGCGCGGACCAAUCCAGAAUCUAAUUGACUUUUUGGAGUGCAGCUGCUUUGGCUUAGUGCAGCCAAAGCGUGUGGAUUGGAUGAACUACUACGACUAUGAUGCCCAUGUGCAUCAGACCAUCGAGAAGGAGCCGCUGCUCAGCGUUGACUGCCCGGACGGGAUGGGUGGCGAUCAUCAGUAUGUGUAGGAUAAGUCCUAUCGGGAUGCGAAGACGCUUCAGAUGCCCAUAGCGCAUGUCUAACGACGGAACUGCUUUCGAAAACAAACCGCAACAGCUUCUUCUCAACCCUAUCCCUAAACCCCAUACCCAUGCCCAAUCCGUAUGAUUUCCGGAAACCCUUUGUAAUUGGUACGCUCUGCUAUGCAACAAAAAAAUAGAACCAACGAUACACAAACAAAAAUCAGGAGACAGACAGACAGAAGCGUCAUUGCCGACCGAUAUCGGAUAAUGGAUUCAAGGAAUGGAUGGAUGAAGAGUGGUUUAUAGGGGAACGAAACCAGCGCCCCCACCCCACAUACAUACGUACAUAUUAAUGCAUGUAUUACUGUAAUUACUCUGUACAUUUCUGCAUAUUAACUCUGCAUCUUACACACAAAACUACACUUUGAUAAUAAGCUGAAAGUAAGUACUACGCGAACCGACACGAUUUUGUCCCUCUCAAGUAUUUGUAAUACCAAAAAAAGAAACAGAAAUAAGAUAAACAAGAAAACGUAUGAAAUGAAACACCGAACAAAUGCAAUACCUAAAAUCUAAUAACUUAAUGCAAUACGAAUCAAAAACGAAAGCAACAUUUUAUUUAAGCGUGAAAUGUUUAAUUCAAAUUUCAAAUUCAACAAAUAAGAUAUUCAACAAAUUUGUAAAGCGCACACCACAACAGAAAAACGGAAACACCAAAAGAACUUUAUACGAGUAGAUAUCUAAAACACACAAAGUAAAAUCCAUUUGGUAUUUGUAUUCUCUUUGAAGCUGAUCGAAGUCCUGUGCGAAGUUUCCUCUCUGGGGAGUGAGUCUUAAAUUAUUAGAAAAAUGUGAAGUUUAAGUUGAAAGUGUAAUUAAUUGUUUAUUCGGGAACUACUGUAUUUCAGCUUCAACAGGCUCUCUAGAUUUUGUGGAAACAUCGCGUAGGAUGAGGCUGACCACCACAAAAAAAGUUUACAAUCAAUCGAUGAUGAUUCCCAAGCACCCCCAAGAAGCAGCCUAGCAUACUUAAAUAACAAAUUAUAAACGAGAUCCAAUUCUAAUAAUGCACUAGUCUAGUCAGAAAAUCAUUUAAGUGAAAUGUUUAAGUGCAACAAGAGCCACAAAAAAUCGAUACAAAAGAAUAUUGCGCAUAUACCAAUAUAUAGAAAUAUGUGUAUGUAGCUAUGAAAUUAAAUAUUUAUAUUUAUAAUGUAUGUAUGCAUCUCUAAUGCGGUACGGGGAAGAACGAUAGGAAUUUCAGCAACCUGAGAGCACGCAAAAAAUAACGAUAUGUUUCGCAACACGUUACUUAAAUGCAUUUAAAAUUAAUUCAAACAAUAUCUACAGCAAAUCUAAUGUUGAAUCCUUCAAGAAAAAAGCGAAUAUUUUCCACUAUUGUACGAUUAUACAAAACGAAGAAGACGAACUCGAUGAUCAAAUGAUCGGAGGAAGAUGGAGGAGAGCACCGAUCACACUGCGAUUUGCUAUGAAAGUUAUUUGUUUAGAAUGGAUUUUUUUGUAUAUCUAUGCUUCGCGCUCGUUUGAAAAAGCUUUG